AUGUCAUCAGUUUUGUAUACAGAUAUUAUAUUGCCCUCUGUUAUGGUCCCGGGGCCCGUAGCCUGGGCCCUUGAGUAUGGCUGACGCCACAGGGAUGUGGCUAGUGGGUGGCAUGGAGGAUUAUCAAGGAGAUAGUCAUAUGGGAGCUGUGUUAAGGAGCUGUGUUAGGAUAGCAGAGAGAAGAGUUUAUAUCUCGCGCACAGAGGGGCUGGGAGAUUUCUUCCUUCUCUCUCUUCAGUUUAGAUCAACGAAACUUGGGUCGAACGUGCUAUAGACUAGCACUUGUCUCCCUGCUUCGCAGGAUAUAUGGUUAAUCACAGGUUUUGCUCCAAUGAAAAGUCGCCU